AUGGCGACCCCAACCAAUUCUUCCCCCGACGCAACUCUGAGGGAUUCACAUGGACCCAAAAUGCCGGUUGGAAAGCAGACGGAGCUUGAACAGUACGCUUGCGACCAUUGUAAACGUAGAAAGCUUAAAUGCUCUCGAGAGAAACCGAAAUGUGUGAAUUGCCAGGGUUGGUCUGGUCCAUGUACUUACUCUCGCCGUGGAAGAAUACCUAGACGAACUAGGACGAACGUUCUGCAAAAUAACAUCAGAAAUCACACAGAUCGGAAUCUUGAUAGCUCACAUUUUGUCGAGUCUAUCGCUCAUACUUUGCCGACCUCUAUUACUAAUCACGAAUCCACGGACUUGGACUUACCGAGCUAUGAGUGUGAAAAAGAUAUCAUAGAAUCACAUCGUUCUGUCAAAUCACCAGCCUGUAAUGGGGAGAAAAAUGAGCAUAUCAACGGUGAUUCUUCUGCUCCUUCAAUCUUGAGUCAAGCAAAGAGUAGUAUUACGAUAGCUGAAAUGAAGUCGAGCCAUCUGGAGCCGGGUUUACAACGAGAUGCUGAGAAUGGAUUAUCAUACCUCACCACAAUAUUUUCUGAAGGAAGUUUUGACGAUCCUGACAUUUAUUCGAAUGUCAAACAUUUUAGAAGGCAGAGGGAAGUUUUCUUCAUUCCAGAUAAGGCUGAAGGGGAUCGUAUGAUACAGAUCUUUAUUGCAGGAAUUGAACGAGGUAAACCGUUUUUUACCAUGCCCCCACUUGACAUAAUUCCGAAGCUUGCAUUUGAGCCGAAGAGAGUAUCCGAGAGAGCCUGGCUUUUGCUUUACAAUGCAUUUUUAUCUGCCACAAUCGCUUUCAUGGAACCAUCAAACACUAGAAUCAAUCGGGGUCUUCAAUGGAAUGUGUGGAUAAUCCUUCAAGAUUCCUCGUUCUUCCUCGAGCCAUCAGAAAUUGCUAUACAAGCGAUAUUAAUGGUAUCCUGUCAUAGUCAGGAUGUUGUUCCUCCGGGUUUAUGUUGGACAUUAAUAAGUCAUGCUUGUCGAAUGGCACAAAGUCUCAAUCUUCACAUUCCUUCCCCAAGAUACCCAAAGCAGAGUAAAGAGAACGCCCACCGAAAUUGCCUAUUUUGGAAUUUGUUCAUGAUUGAUAAAUCAUUGUCGUUGGCUUAUGGGAGGCCCCCAUUUCUAUUGAGUCAACUAUAUGAGGGGGUUGAUCCUCCAGAUCUCUCAUUUCUCGCGACAUUCAGACCUCAUAGACCAUCGUCCGCAGCCAUUGGAACCCCUGGUCAUCAACUUAGUGAUGGUUUCGGCGCAUUGUACUUUGGUCUAGCACGAGAACUUUUUGUAUUACAGGGAAAGAUUAUAGACAUCGCUCUCGUGGUUCAUAAUGGAGAGUUUGGGACAGAACAAAUUUCAUCAAUGAAAGAGAGACUUGAAAUUUGGAAGAUCAAUCUGGAUGAUAGAAUGUCAGCAUACAGUAACUUUCAAGGAGAAGAAAGUGAAGUUCAGUCAGUCCAAAUGGGCAUAAAUUUUCUCACAUUCCAAUACCACCAUUCGGUUGUCUACUUGACUCGGAGCUCCAAAUAUAAUCACGAACUUUGUCUUUUUCACGCACGAAUUGCUGUAGAGAUGUUGGACAAACUCGUCUCUAGCUCCUUGGAAGUUUUCAAUGGCAUUGUAUGGCAACUUCUCUACUACCCAUUCAUGCCUUACUUUGUUCUUUUCUCCAAUAUAAUAGCCGAUCCGCAUUCCUCGUCUUGUUUUGACGACCUUCAAUCACUCAGAAAGGUAGUGUAUUAUUUUUUGAGGAUGCAUGUCCAGCACCGUAGUGCUCAGAAGCUUGAAAAAAUUGCGGAAACCUUUACUAGGCUUGCGGAGAGUUUUGUUAGAGGAAGCAUGAGUCGUAAAGCUAUGGAAGAUAAGUCACCGGAAGUAAAUGUAGAACUGCCAAGCAGGAGUUCAGAAUCGACUUCUCAUAUUACAGGCUGGACAGCGCCACAGAGUCCACGCCAAACAGGAUUAUAUUCUCCCGGAAAUCAUGCACAGAAUGCACACAUAUCCAACAAUAUUCCUGUCUCAACAGGAAUGGAUCUCAGAGAUCUGUCUGGCGAUCUUACAGAUCCCACUUUACUCAGCUUUCUAUCCUAUCCAAUGGACACAUCUGUGUUCAAUACUGAGAUGACGGAAAACAAUUCUUUACGUGAUAUCAAUUCAUUUAUUGAGCAAGGCCGAGCGGUAGCGGAUCCAUUACUUCAUCAAUUAGACUUUUUAUCUACAGAACAAUCUUUAGAUGGGAAUUUUGACUGGUUUUCAUGGGAUAGUUAUGCACGGAACGCUCCAGAAAAUGGAUUUUGA